UAUCGAUGAUACGACGAUAGACAGCCAUGCUGACCACCAUUGCUUGCUUGAAUGUUUUGCUUCGGCGGGGUGAAUCGCUUAUUUUUUCUUCGUCGAGAGGAUAGAGACAUGCCGGUUCAGCUGCUCUUUUUUCUUUUCAGCUGCUUUUCUCCUGCCCUCCCUUGCAUUCCAUCUCCUCCAUCCGUCUUCUGCUUUCUCCCUCUUCCUCCGUUGACCACCUCUUAGCAAUCAGUGGGCCAUGGCAGACUACGACGGAAAAGAAGCGCCUACUGAGCCGGUCUCAGGCCAGGAGCAAUAUGGACAAGAUGGAUACAUGAAAAAAAUGCUACGGUAUUCUAUCACCAGAUUGCCCACAUUAAUCCCGCCGAUGAAUCCAGCGCCCAAUCCGUUCAAGGCGCUGGCUCUUCUCAAUAAACAGCAAUGGCUUUUCUUCGGAGUUGCGUUCUUCGGCUGGACGUGGGAUUCAUUCGAUUUCUUUACCGUAUCGCUAACUACCAGCGAACUGGCAGUAGAAUUCGACAAGUCCGUCACCGAAAUUACCUGGGGCAUAACCCUCGUCCUCAUGCUGCGAUCCGUGGGCGCUGUUAUUUUCGGAAUCGCAUCAGACAGAUGGGGCCGCAAAUGGCCCUUCAUCGUCAACAAUAUUCUGUUUAUCGUCCUCGAGCUGGGUACCGGUUUCUGCCAGACCUACAAGCAGUUCCUGGCCUGUCGAGCUCUCUUCGGUAUUGCCAUGGGUGGCAUAUACGGCAAUGCCGCAGCUACCGCCCUUGAAGAUUGUCCCUUGGAGGCCCGUGGGAUUGUCUCUGGCAUUCUCCAGCAGGGAUAUGCGUUUGGAUAUUUGCUGGCGACGGCGUUUUCGCGUGCCCUGGUUAAUACAACCUCGCAUGGAUGGAGACCGUUUUAUUGGUUUGCGGCUGCCGUUCCGGUGUUGAUUAUUUUGUACCGUCUGUUUCUUCCCGAGACGGAGGCGUUCAGACGGCGACAAGAAACUCGAGCUGAGAUGGGAGGAGUGACCUCGACGUUCUUCGAAGAGGGAAAGGUGGCUAUCAAGCGGCAUUGGCUUAUCCUGGCUUACCUUGUGUUGUUGCUGGCUGGAUUCAAUUUCAUGUCUCACGGAUCCCAAGACCUCUACCCGACCAUGCUCGAGAAACAAUACAACUUCUCCCAAGACGCCGUCACCGUAACCCAAGUCGUCGCCAACCUUGGCGCCCUCUUUGGAGGCACGCUCUGCGGUUGGGCGAGUCAGAUCUUUGGCCGUCGCUUCACAAUCAUCGUGAUGAGCAUCGUAGGCGGCGCGCUCCUCUACCCUUACACCUUCGUCAAGUCCGAGCGCAUCAUGGCAGCGGCCUUCUUCGAGCAGUUUUGCGUCCAAGGUGCUUGGGGCACUAUACCGAUUCACAUGAUGGAACUAUCCCCCGACUCUAUCCGUACGUUUGCGGUGGGUUGCGCGUAUCAACUGGGAAAUCUUGCUUCGUCUGCUAGUUCGACGAUCGAGUCUACUAUUGGAGAACGAUUUCCGCUGCCGCCAGUUGAGGGGGCGUCGGAUCGGUACGAAUAUGGGAAGGUGAUUUGCAUUUUCAUGGGGUGUGUAUAUGGAUAUGUGAUCAUGAUGACCCUGGUGGGGCCGGAGAAACUAGGGCGACCGUUUGAUGUCGAGCUUGAUGUAGAUAUGGCUGAGGUGACGGCUCAUCGGGAUGCAAAGGCUAAGGGGGAUCCUGAAAAGGACAUUUUUCAACAGCAGCCAGACUAGCUCCGUGCCGUCCCUUGAGCAGUUAACCCUGCCAAGAAGUUUGUUAGAACUAUAUCAGAUCCAACUAAUCCAAACCACAUGGCAAAAGAACGAUAAUAUCAGAGUCUGCUUAAUAGACUUGCUCAUGGAUACUCUUGAGAGCAUCAGUCACA